GUAUCUAUUUUUCAUUUUGAAAAAAAGCCGCUUUUACCUCAAAACGCAAAAGCACCGAUUAAUCGCUUCGCUUAUCCUUCUGAUUCGGGCAGGAAUUGGAUCUGGAGCUCUCUCUCUCUCUCUCUCUAAGUCUCUUCUCCUCUGUCGCAGCAAAAGAUGGUUGAUAUGGAGAGAACAGAACUGAAGGAGUCAGAUUCAACUGGACUGGACAAUGGUAUCACCCCAGAUCGUUCUACUUCUAUGUGGCUGGUAGAAAAUCUUGAAGAGAUGGACCAGAGGAUUAAGCAAAUGGUGAAGCUGAUCAAAGAAGAUGGCGAUUCUUUGCCAAAAAAUGACGAAGCGUUUUAUCAGAAGAAGCCAGAAUUGGUUGAGGAAUUUCACAGAAUGUAUCGGUCGCUGGCUGGAUGCUACGAACACUUGACCAAAGAAGAACAUAAGGGGUUGGGAGAUUCUGAAUAUGGUUUCGACCAAGGCUCUCCUCUGUUGACUCCUGAUGCUAAACAUGGUCUGCACAAAUCCGGCCAUCAAGUUGUUGGGUUAGGUAUAUCACCAAGCUCAGAUGGUUCUAGUCCAGCUCUUUCUUUAAAGAAUGGCAGCGAAUCAUCUUCCUCGUCAUCAUUGGGAUCCGAGUCAGAAUCUCUUAACUCCCCCGUCAGCAAUUACUUGGUUCCACCUCCGAACGAUGAUUUUGACAGCCAGGGAUGGCAGCAGAAGAUUACUGAGCUUGAAACCGAACUUUCUAGCGUGAGAGAGAAGCUCCAAAUGAGGGAGGCUGAUCUUAAAAUGGAGAAAAUGCGGGUGUUUGAGCUGCAAAAUCAGACAGUUGAGUUGGAGAGUCUGGCAUCAGACAGAGAAAAUGAAAUUAGGAGAUUGUUGGGAGACUUGGAAGUGACUAAGGAAAGGCGUAAGGGGUUGGACAAAGAGAUUGUAAAGUUGAAGGAUGAACAUGCCCAUAGAAUUUCCGAAGGUGCUCAUCAAAUGCAAGGUCUGGAAGCCCAACUUGACUUGGAGAGAAAGCAUGUUUCGGAGCUGGAGGAGAGGAUAGUGAGGUACAAUGGUGAUAUACUCGGCCUUGAUCUUGAGGUAAUGCAACUGAAGAGUGCAUUGCAUGAUGCACAGGAACAAUUCUCUCUUGAGAAAGCAAACCUGCAGGCUGACAUUUCAAGUUUUUCAGAGAAACAAGUCCUUUUGGACACAAGAGUCGAAGAAUUGAGCUUCAAAAGCAAGAGUUUGGACGACGAAAUAAGGCAAUGUGAAGCGGAUAAGAUGGAAAUGGAAAGGCUGCACGUUGUCCGCGAGAUGGCAUUGCAAGAUGAAAUAAGCCGCCUGAAAGUAGAAGUUGCUGACAGAAAUGGACAUGUGGAAGCUGUAAAUAAAGACUUCGACAGGUUUAAACUGAAAUAUGAUAUGCUGAUGGCGGAGAAAGAUGAGCUCAAUGCUAGGGCUCAAACGCUUAUGGCGAAUGUGAGUUCCCGCGACAAUCAGAUUCAGGAAAUGGCGGGACAUCUUAGUCUGUUACGAACAGAACACGAGGGUCUGAUAUUUGGAUCCGAAUGUGCACAUAGACUAGUAGAUGAGUUGAAAUCGAGAGUGGAGGAGUUGCAGCAAGAGGUGAAUAGGCAGAGUGUUGUGAUCUCGGAUGGGGCUGAGGAGAAAAGAGAGGUGAUCCGGCAGCUUUGCUUCUCGCUGGAGCACUACAGGAGCGGAUACCAAGAGCUUCGUCAAGCAUUUACCGGGCACAGGAGACGGGUGGUUGCAGCUGCGUAAACUCGGUUUCUUCCAUGGAAUGCUCUAGUGUGUUUAGGUUCACUUGAUGUCUCUUGCAUGAUGUGUUGUGUUUUUGUUUAGGGUCAAAUGGUCAAUUCAGGUGGGUUGUUAUGUCCAUGUUUAGUUAAUUAUGAUACUAAAUGCUCUAGAUUUUGAAUGUUAAAGAACAAAAAUGGCAUGGAAAAGCUUUGCUAAAGGUUGAUUAAGGUGUUAAA